GUCGGCGCCUCUGCACGCGAGCACGCCGCUGCCAUGUUCAUUCCGGACAGUCUCAGGAGCUGCAUGGUGGAGCCCGAUGUCUCGACCUACCUCCAGGCACCCUCCUCCGGACAGGAGGUGACGAAAAACUAGUGGUGCGUGGUUUCGGGAUUGCCUGAAAACUCGACGAAAAGUCGCGAGAUAAACACUAAAGUGUGGCUUGCUUGUCUUGUGUGCGGUAGAGACCUUUUGAAAGAGUCGUUUUUGGCGCAGACAUGUUCGCCUCGAUGCACCCCAGGGUUAACAUGCUCACCCCUCCUGCACACCAGUGCCACAAGCAGGUGACCUACGAGGAUGAGUUUCAUCCAUUCAUUGAGGCUCUUUUGCCUUAUGUGAAGUCUUUCUCUUACACUUGGUUCAACCUGCAAGCUGCCAAACGCAAGUACUUCAAAAAGCAUGAGAAGCGCAUGUCACUCGAGGAGGAGAGGAGGUGUAAAGAAGAACUACAGAAUGAAAAGAUCGAAGUGAAACAAAAGUGGGCCUCUCGUCUGCUGGGCAAGCUGCGCAAAGACAUUACCCAAGAAUGCCGAGAAGACUUUGUGCUCAGCAUCACAGGCAAGAAGCCGGCCAUGUGCGUCCUAUCCAAUCCCGAUCAAAAGGGCAAAAUGAGAAGAAUCGACUGUCUACGUCAAGCUGACAAGGUGUGGCGUUUGGAUCUCGUUAUGGUGAUCUUGUUCAAGGCGAUACCUUUGGAGAGCACGGACGGCGAGCGGCUGGAGAAGUCGCCUGAUUGUGCUCACCCUGGCCUCUGCGUCAACCCCUACCACAUUAAUGUUUCCGUCCGCGAGUUAGAUCUCUACCUGGCCAACUUCAUCAACAGUCACGAAGUAAUAGGUGGCAUUUGUGAUAAUAACAACGAGAAAGAUGACGACAGAGGGAUCAAAGGCUAUUCACACAAUCCUUAUAACGGGGUGGUUUGUAACGAUAUCAUAUUAGCCACUGGAGUGUUCUCAUCUAAAGAACUGUGGAGACUUGCCAAAGCGUCGAUAAUGCAGGGGCCGAACGGUAUGCAGCCGCCCGUGAGUGCCAUCAAGCUGGAGAACCCUGGCGGCUACUACUGCAACAGUUACACGCCGCCGGCGCCGGACCACUCGUCCAUGCUGCCGACCGGUGCAUAUAUUCCGCUUGUGCCAGGUCCUAUGUCACUUCCAAGAAGUUCCCAAAGCCCGGGUGAGCCGAGGAAUAAGCGGCUCCGGAGGCUCAGCUCCACCGAGGAGGAGAUGGAGCUGGCCGGCGCCGCCGCUUCAGGCCCCGUCCGCGACAAGAGCACGCCCGCCGAGGUCGCCUACUACGGACAGAGCCCCGCCUCCCUCUCCAGCCAAACUAGCUGGCACUCGGACGUUGACCACGGCUCCUCUGUUCACUCGCCGCACGCGCUGGUCGCCAAGGUAAAUAAGCAGGAGCCGGGCGGCUUUCAGGGCGGCAGCAACCCCUCCUCGUCCGCCUUUGGCAGGGCGAACCACCACCACCACCACAACUCUCCACCCCACCCCUCUAGUCACGCCGCCGCCUCCACAGCCCCCGCAAACAGCCCUCGCCAAGGCAUGUCCUCGCACGGCUCCGUGGGCACGUCGAUAGCGGCCUCCAGCAUCGGAGGCGGCACCUCCUCGAGCGGCUACUACCCACAGCCGUCCGCCUCCGAGCACCAGAGCUCGCAGCACAGCCCCACAAAGUACCCUGAGAAUGGACACGACACUCUCUCCGAUUUUGUCACUUUCGUCUGCCAGGAGGCGGAAAACACGCAACAAGGCUCACAGGCGGGCUCGUCUCGGAGUCCAUCGAAACUAGCACAAUACUACCCGAGUUCGAUGUUGCCACCCCCGCCACCCCCUCCGAUGGCCCGACCUGUAGCCAUCAUUCGCUCUACAGGUACUGCUGUCCCCUUGGCAAUCAGCUACUCCGACCGCGAGCUGUCCGUGUCCGCGUCCAACUCGCCGCCGGCCUCCUCGACGCCGCCCAUGGGCGAGUCGUCGUCGCCGCGCGAUGGCAGGAGUUCGGCCCUCACCCCCUCGCCGCCGGCCUCGGCUGGUCAAGGCGAACUGCCGCCGCCACCCUCCUCCCGCUCCGUCGUCAGCGGACCCUUCUGCGUCAGCAGGGACUACGCAUUCUCCCACUUGCACCCCCAGACAGGACAGUUGUUCACGUACCCGAGUCUAAGUCCGGUGGGCGCAAUGUCCGGCGUGAUCAGCCCAACGAACCUGAAUCUGUUCUCGUCACCGGUGAGCAACUCGCGAAGUUCGUCCCGGUCGGCGUCGUCGAUCCCGCGGUGGAACACGGCGCCGUUUAUCAGCCUGGAGGAGGACUACAUGAUGGCACCGCUGAUGGGCCCCGGCAACAGCGCGGUCGAGGCCAUGGACGAUGAACGCUACUUCAGUCCGGUGGUGCAGCAAGCCGGGGGCGGCGACCCCAUCGACGCCUCCGAGCACCAGUCGGGCCAGACGGACGGGUCGCCGCCGCACGAGACGUCGUCGGUGACGGUGGCGGCGGCCGGCGUCGCUGCCAUCACGGUCGUGGUGCCGGAGAAGGGUGCCGCCACCACGCCGCAGCAGUCCUCCACGGCCUGAUUUGAAUUUCUCGAUUAAAAAACAGCCUUGUUUGUUUGUUACACGCACACACACACACACACUCACACACACGACUCAACUGAGAAAGAGAGAGAAUGCAAUUGUUCAAGUUUUUGCUCAAUAUUGUUUGUGGCGCCACACCGGCCCCCCUGCCGAGCGCGGAGUUUUAUAUAAGCCACGACCUAUGCAUGAGGACAGGACGACAGACAAGUAUUAAAAAUUGCAAAUUGUGCGUCCGACUCGAAAGUGCAAGCAAGUUGGUUAUUUGUAAUCUCAUAUGUGCGUAUAUAUUCUGUAUCAAAGGCGUUAUUUACUUAGUGGUAUGCUGUUGCAGAUGAAUACUAUUACCAUAUACAUGACAAGUUGCUAAACAGGCAUUUGGUCUCACAUCUGAAACGUUCGUUACAAUUUCCUCCGAUCAUUUACAAAUGUGCAAUAUUUAUCACCGUGAAACUAUAUUUAAAAAAUCAAAUCAGAGUGCAGAAUUUUCAAAUAAUUUUAGUUUUCUCGUUGGAAUUGAUUUUUAGCAUUUAAAUUAAAAAGAAACAAGCGAGUAUAUUACUGAUGCAGAUAAAAUGCAGCGCUUGGAAAACUCAGAAAACUAAACCAUUAUUUGAAGCAAAAAUCGAUUAUUUUUACACAUCUGUAGCUCUUGUAAUCUCUGUUGACGAUUUUUCAUGACAAAUUACAAUUUUUAGGACGCUAUCUCCGAAUUUCUGCAGGAAAUUUCCGGAAUUUGAGUUGUCCCGAAAAAAGACAUUUUCUACAAUUAGCUUUAUUUUAUUUAUUAUUUAAAAUACCCUCCUAAAUACGCUCUACAUAUUUCCGAUAUACGAAGCAAAAAGAAAUCAUUUUUGCACAUUUAUAAAUAAAAUCAAACAGAAGCAAGUAAAGUUUCGGGGGUAAGCCCUAAAUGCCUGUUUGCAAACCCUGUAAAUACCUUUCUGGGGGAACGCCGCGGUUGCAAAACUACGAAAAAGAAAGAAAGCACACUCUUAUUCUCGCAAUAACAGCCAUUACGAAAAGUGAUAUGACAAGUUUAUAGACCUCAAGAUAUGAAGUGUUUGGGUAUAUUCGUUUUUAACUGUUGAAGUGUUGAUUCGAAUUUGUUGACGUUCAAGCGGUAGUUUUUAAUUGAUUGCGGAUUGGAUUUUUGAACAGAAUGUGAUAACACUUCUAGUUUGAUCUAGUUCACAUAUAGGCCCGUUGAGUUUGAAUCGAAGACACUUUUUAACCGUUUCUCGCGCGACGCAAAACCCGGAGAACGAAAAAUUCUCUGCUGCUAGUGGCUUUUGUAACGUGUACAUAAUAACAAUAAUUUAAUUACCACAAUAUUUAAAAGGCCUAUACACACACUACACACGAAAUUUAGGAAAAUUCUAGUGCCAUAAAAUUAACACGAGAAAAUUGGUAGGUGAUUAGCUAGACUAUAAUUAAAGAUAAUUACCAAGUGACAAAUUUUAUAUAUAUAAACACUUAAUGAUUAUUGAUUGAAGAAAAAGCUCAACAAAGUGCUAUUUUGCAAUAUACUCGUCGUGAGGGAAAACAAUUUUAGUGCGCGCUGAUUACUUAAAAGCAGUUUAAUUGUAUAAAGAGAGACGGCUGUACUCUAUUAGCUGAGGGAAAUAGCAAUAAUAACAAUUAGUGAUCCGACUAGCUGUACUUAAAAUUCGAAACUCCAAAUAAAGAAGGCCUUUUCAGCAGUUGAACGGUUGUCGUGUUCUUUUCCAGCUAAAAUAAACGAAAGAAUUGCGUUUUUUAGACGAGACGAGCCUUAGAUGCCUUGCAACGAAAUUGUAGUCACGAUCCACACUUUAAUUGUGAUGAGAGAUUCGGAAAAAUGAUGAUUUCUAGCUGCCGAGAGACAGAAUAAAAUUGUAAUCUGAAUUAGAACAGCGAUACAAGUAGGCAUUGUGAUGAUAUAAACUAGUAAUUGGCAAAUACUAUGAUUGCAAAGCGCUUUUUUGUGCGAAUUUGAAAACGUCGAAAAAUUCGAUUUUCUUUUUCUGGUCGAGUCUAGCUUGUUACUCUUUUGUGGAAUUUGCGUGUGUUCUAGAUUAGCGACAAUUUCAUAUUGUGUUCUGUUCUAAACAAAGUAAGAGUAAUACAUAUAACUUAUUAUUUGCAAAGGUACAAAUACGUCAAAUUAAAAUGAUGCGAGUGCUGUAGACGAACAAAAAAUGACGACAAGUAAAAAUCAAAAUGUACACCGUAAUAAUAAUAAUUAUUAUUAAACUACUGCGCUAUUACUAUAAUUAAUAUUAGGGGUCCAGUGCUGCUGCUGAGAGGUGUAAAUAAUAGUCGAGAGAAAACCUCAGACAUGCUAUUUAAUUAUGAAAAAAGCUGGAUUUUAGCGCGUGGACGAGAAAAAUGGACAUUUUGAUAAAAGUAGGAGCAAAAAGGAGAAAGAGAGCGGACUAGCCGCGCGUCACUUGUACCAUUAAUUACAAUUAAAUUGAAUUUGCGAGUUUUGCGCUGUUGUAUUUAAGAAGUGUGGACAUUUUUGAAUACGUAGCUGCUGAGACGUGGUGCCAAAAAUACUAUUUAACGGUUAAAUUCGUAAGUGGAUGCAAGCUGCAACUAAACGCACAGGUCUAUCAGUUCGUUUAUUUCUGAAGAGAUGCUCGUUUGGUUUCGUCUCAACCUGUAGUGCCUGAAUACUCUGUCAAAAAAGCGGAAAAUUGAUUCAUUCAAUUGUAUAAAAUGGUUAUGUAACACCACAACAAAAACUGUACAACACUUCACAAAUAACGAAAUAUUACAUUUGAUAAAGCAAUAACUACACGACGUACCAUAUUAUAUGACUAGUGAGUUCAUUCUCAUUUUCUACCAUUUCAUGACCUAUACACACACAUUAUUACGACAUGCGCAAAUGUUGAAAGCUCAAGUUUGAGUCCACGCUGGAAAAGUUUGAUUAAUCAAAAAGUAGACUGAGUUGUAACUGAAUAUUUUAUUAAUUUUGCCAAAAACGAUGUUUAUAAUCGACCCAUUUAUUAUUAUUUGUUUGUUUGUUUUUCCUGUAUAAAACCCGAUGUAAAUAAGAUUUGUGCGCGUCCGCGGGCGUUGUGAGCCGAGGCGCGUCUCAAUUUUUGCUGUUUGUUUGCCUUUUUCGUUCACAAAUUGUUUCCGAGAUGAAAAUAAACACACACACUCUCUCACUCACGCAACGUGAAAGUUCUGUUUUGUGAAAAUAUACGUACAGAUGCUGCAGAAAGCGAGUAAAAAAUAAGUGGAGGUGAUAGUGGAGCUGAUUACAAUUAAACGAUUACCCCCAAUUAUGGUUAUAUUAUUAUUAUUCAUAAUGUAUAAUGUUUGAGACAAACUAACAUGAAAUUUAAUGAAAAAUUAAAAAAUAAAACAAAAAAUGAUACAACGA